CCCGCGUGCGCGGCGCCCUGCGCCAACGGCACGUGCGUGGCGCCCGGCGUGUGCGCGUGCAGGCCCGGCUACGCCCGCGCGGGCCCCGGCCCGCUCGCCGCCUGCGCGCCCGUCUGCGCUUCCGGCUGCCCCAACGCCGACUGCGUCGCGCCCGACACCUGCAGGUGCGCGUCGCCGGGCGAGUGCCGGUGCAAGGAGGGCUACGAGGGUAGCGCGCGCAAGGGCUGCCGGCCCAGCUGCCGCGGCGGCUGCAAGAACGGCGAGUGCGUGGCGCCCAACCGCUGCGUGUGCCCCGGCGGCUACGCGCUCAACACAGCCUCGGGCAAGUGCCAGCCCGUCUGCCCGGGCGGCUGCCCCAACGGCGAGUGCGACCGCCCGGGCGUCUGCAAGUGCAACUUCGGGUUCGCGCGCGGGCCGAGCGGCGGCUGCGAGCCCGUGUGCCCGGAGCGGUGCAGCGGCCACGGCGUGUGCGUGGCGCCGGCCGUGUGCAGCUGCUUCGCCGGCUACAAGCCCUCGGGCCUGGGCAAGUGCAAGCCCGCCUGCGCCGCCGACUGCUCGCACGGCAAGUGCGUGGCGCCGGACACGUGCGCGUGCGACGCGGGCUACGUGCUGGACGCCCUGAACCGCUUCAACUGCGUGCCGGCGUGCCCGCAGGGGUGCGUGGGCGGGACGUGCGUGGCGCCCGGCCGCUGCCAGUGCCUGCCCGGGCUCGUGCCCGCCGCGCCCAACGUGUGCGCGGCACCCGCGCAGCCCCGCUGCAGCCGACCCUGCAACAACGGCAAUUGUGUGGGUGUGGACCAGUGCUCGUGUCACCGGGGCUACGCCUCCGACCCGCGCAACCGCUUUAACUGCGUGCCCUACUGCCCUCGUCCCUGCGUGGGCGGAGUCUGCUCAGCCCCAGACACGUGCUCCUGCGCCCCGGGCCUCGUGCUCAAGAGCAAGUACGAGUGCGGCCCGCCGGUCGUGCGUUGCCGGAAGCCGUGCGUGAACGGCACGUGCGUGGCGGCGGACUUCUGCGCCUGCUACGACGGCUACAAGAAGUCCAAGGACUCGUUCGUGUGCCAGCCCUACUGCGCCAAGGGCUGCAAGGGCGGUAGCUGCAUCGGCCCCGACACCUGCGGCUGCGCGGCGGGUCUCGUCAAGAAGAGCCGGUAA